ACAGAGAGGAGGGAAAGCACGAGCGGGCGAAUGGGAGGAGAUCACACGGAUCGGUGAUGUGGCGGAAAGAUUUCAAAUCCCGCCCAAACUCCCAAAUCGUUUCGCCCUCAGUCCAUUGGAUUUUAAUUUCCCCCCACGCCCUCGCCCCGCUUCCUCCUCUCCCCUUCUUAUCCCCCUCGCCUACUUCUCUACCACCUCAUCCCUUCUCCACUCAGAACGACAUCUCUCUCUCUCUUCGUCGUUUCCUUUUCUGCCCUCGUUAGACGAAACCCUAACCCUAAGAUUUCGCCAUGAAAGGGGGAAAGUCGAAGGCUGACACGUCGAAGAAGGCCGAUUCCAAGCUUUCGACGAAGAGGAGGGGGACGGAGAAGGCGAAGAAGACGGCGAAGAAGGCGAAGGCUGGGAAGGACCCGAACAAGCCAAAGAGGCCGCCCAGCGCCUUCUUUGUCUUCAUGGAGGAGUUCAGGAAGCAGUUCAAGGAGAAGAACCCUAAUAACAAGCUGGUGUCCGUGGUCGGCAAAGCUGGAGGUGAUAAGUGGAAAUCCAUGUCUGAUGCUGAUAAGGCUCCAUAUGUGGCCAAGGCAAACAAGUACAAGACCGAGUACACCUCCGAGGGACCAAAUAAAAACGAUGAUGAGGAAGAAGAAGAAUCCGACAAGUCCAAAUCUGAGGUGAACGAUGAUGAGGAUGACGAAGAAGGGAGCGAAGGGGAAGAGGAGGAAGACGAGGAGUAGGUGGUGUGAGGGCCACGGUGGAAGGAGAAGCGAAGGACUGCGCAUCAAAGAUUCCCCUAUAUUACCCCCCCUUUUUUUUGGUCCCUUAUUUUGUUUUUACUCUUUUGAAAAAAAAAAAUGUAGUAGAUAUGACUCUUUUGUUACCGUGGGGAACAAUACUAUUUUGUGAUAGAUGCGGCCGCACGGCCGCAUGCCUGCAUCUCUGCCGUCCAUCAUCACCUUGUACCUACUUUCAUCUAACUCUUGAGCUGAUUUUGGUGCAAUAUAUGGAUCUCUCUGUGUGUCCUCAUCUCUAA